AUGUCCUCCGAGAAAAUAGCCAACGCCAUCGACGGCCUAGUUAACCACCUGAUCCCAAUCGAUCCAAACGACUCGGAAGAACAGGUGCAGGAGCAGCACGAGAGACAUUUCGAGUUUGUUAAAAAUAGUCUCCGAAAAUAUUCCAACGCGACCGUAUCUUCAGACGUGACAUAUGCGUCAGAUAUAAUCAAGCGCAAACUCAUACAGACGAAUCCCAACCAAGCGCUCCGAUUCUCGCAUUUAUACUCUCGCCUUCUUGCCGUGCCAGUUCUAGAGCAAAAAUCGGCCAUUUUGCAGCUAUUAUACCACCUCUCCGACUCGCCAGACCCUUCAGAGCCUCUACCUCUCAGCCCUGUCAAGUCAUCUGCCACCAACCACAGAGAAGCCGUCAAUCGCGAAGCUACGAAGCGCCAAGAAAGAGAACGAGCCAAAACACCAGUCACGCCCACUUCAAAAUAUGACGAACUUCCACACAGGGAAUCGGUUCAGCCAGAUGCUUCCAGACCGACACCAUCUGCAGCCUCAAGGCAUGGCGAUGGUGCAAGACGGGAUGCUUCGUUGCAGGACGCACUCGAGGCGAAUUAUUCCGAACUGAAUCCUCCAGAAAUGGCCCUCUUGCGCGAUCUUCCGUUCACCCUCCAGGGGCUUUCUUCGACUACAUUGCCGUUUUCUGGCCCAGACACACUGGCACUGCCUCCUACUCUCCCGUUGCCAUUGGUAUCGAUUCUCCACGCACUAGCUGAACCGUCACUUCUUUACCGCCAGCUAGACGCAUUUUGUAAAACCCCAGCCAGCGGCCUAAUGGGCCAAAGUUUGCGGUCUAGCAUCGGCGCAGAGUUACGAGCAUACUUGACUCUCAUCGCGACGCUGGAGGCCCAAAUCCGCCGUGCGCUGGCGUCGGUGGAUAUGGACGCGCCUCGUGGUGGUAUUGGCAAGGCUGGGAUUACCCUCAAACGCUGUGUAAUGUGGACAAGAGAGGCUACGAUGGGAUUGCGGCUGAUGAGUAUGGUGGCAGAAGAGUCCAAGAGAAAGCGUGGCGGCCAAAUAAUAUCAUUGAUUCACGGAUUCGCGGCAACUCACGGCGACCCUAUUGUCUCGACCUUUGCAGAGCGGCUACUUGGAACUUGUACUCGGCCGCUUUACGAUAUUCUACGGCAUUGGAUAUACGACGGAGAGCUGUCUGAUCCCUACCAAGAAUUCUUUGUGCGAGAACAAACGGGCAAGCCCGACUCAGCAAAGCUCAAGGGCGGUAGCAACGUAUGGGAAGAUAAGUAUGAGGUUGCUGAAGAUCUGAUUCCCAGCAUAAUGACAUCAGACUUUGCCCAAAAGGUGUUUUUGAUUGGAAAGUCUCUCAAUUUUAUUCGACACAGCUGCGGCGACGCUCUUUGGGUAGAAAACUAUUCGCGAGCGGCGUCGAAAGAGCUGCGCUAUGGCGACACCGCUACCAUUGAAGCAUGGAUUGAUGAAGCCCACAAGACAACGAUGAAGCGACUUAUGGAUCUCAUGGCCAACAAAUUCCAGCUCUUUGAUCACCUACAGGCCCUGAAAAACUAUAUUUUGCUUGGUCAGGGUGACUUUAUCGCGCUGCUCAUGGAAUCCCUGGCUGCAACUUUGAAUCGGCCAGCCGGAGCGCAGUUCCGCCACACUCUCACAGCCCAGCUUGAACACGCCAUCCGCGGCUCCAACGCGCAAUACGAUUCACCAGAAGUGCUUCGCCGUCUCGAUGCUCGCAUGCUCCAGCUUUCGCAUGGCGACCUCGGCUGGGACUGCUUUACACUGGAGUACAAGAUUACGGCGCCAGUGGACGUGGUCGUGACGGAAUGGGGCAACCGACAGUACCUAAAGGUUUUCAACUUUCUCUGGAGAAUUAAGCACGUGGAAUUUGCCCUGCUCUCCACCUGGAGACGGUGCAUGACUGGGUCGCGAGGUGUGCUGCGAAACGCGGACCCCGAGUUUCUGCAGACCUGGAAGACGACGCGCGCCGCUCUCGCUGAAAUGAUUCACUUCAUCGGCCAGCUGCAGUACUAUAUCCUCUUUGAGGUCAUUGAGUCUUCGUGGGGCGAGCUGCAGAAGCACAUCCACAAGGAGGACUGCACUCUGGACGACCUCAUCAAAGCCCACAGCAAGUACAUGGACGACAUCACGCAAAAGGGCCUCUUGGGCCCCAGGAAGCGUCACCCAGCGUCGUCUGGUGCGGAGGAGCAUGAUCGCACGACGUAUCUCAUGCAGCUGGCGAGCUUGCUGCGCUUGAUGCUCGAGUACCGUGACUCGGUAGACGGCCUGUACGGUUGGAGUGUCACUGAGUUUUCACAGUACCAGGAGGAGGCUGCACGCAGCCGCUCGCGAGCUGGCGGCAGCGCGGCAGCGGCGGACGACGCGGGCAUGUCGAUGCCCGACAGGGUGCCGGCGUCUGAGUUUCCCGCGCUGCGUGACCGGCUGCAGCAUCUGGGCCGGUCGUUUGGUGUGCGCCUGAGCGCGCUGCUGAGCGACCUGGCGUACCAGCCGGAUGUGGAGAUGCGGUUCCUGGGCGUGGCCAUGAACUUUAACGACGUGUAUCCCGUGCGAAAGAAAUCAAAAUCGACGACUGCUGCUGCAGCCAACACGCCGAGGGGCUGA